UGGUGUUAAAAAAGAAACAAGAAGAAGGGAAAGAAAAAAAAAACUUGUAUCCAAGUCUAUAAAAUCCCAUUUGCCAAGAGAGAAAUUGUUUGCCCUCCUUCUCUCCCCAAAGGGAAGUUCAACUACCACCAACCUUCUUUUUUCUUCUUUCUUUCUUUCUUUCUUCUCAACAGAUGGCUUUAAAUAAAACAAUGGAUUCAUUAUUAUUUCAUCUGCUAUCUGCUAUUCUCUGACUAUUUAUCUCUCUCUCUCCCUUAAAAAAAAGUCAAUUUUUUAAAAAAAAAUUAUCAAUGAAGGAAAUUACAAAUUAGCUAAAGAGAAAGGUUAAGGUCUUUUUUUUUUUAUAUCUCCAAAAUCAUUACUCUUUUUUUCCCCUAUCAAAAUGACGGCAAUGUCUUCUUCUUCUGCUUCUUCUUCUUCACUUUCUUCUUCAAUGGCUAAAUCAGCCAAAUGGGUUCUCAAAUCAAUUGGUAAUUUCACAAAUGAAAUUCUAAGUAUUUUUCUCUUCUCUCUUCUUGACAUCAUUGACAUUGUGUUAUGCUUUCUUUACAAAAUGGCUGAUUUCUUUUUUGAAUCUCAAUGGAAGCCUUGUUAUUGUUCUUCCCAUAAAGAAGCUAUUACAAGUUGUGAUGGGAAUAAGGUUUUGGUCUCUCAAAAUAAUGUCUUGUCUUUGUCAACUAAACUUCAACUUGAAGAAGUUUCUGAUACUCUUUACACUCGCCCUUCGUAUCUCUCUGAGAUAUCUAAGGUUAUGCCUUUUGUUAUUGGUUCUACUGCUACGACGGCAAAAACUACCGUCGGAUCCACGUUUACAGUUCAUUCCACCAUUGUUGAAAUGCUUCAAGAUAAGAUUAACGGUGGGCAGAAUCCUCGAUGGUCGGAUUGUGAUUGUAAACCUUGUACCCGUUGGUCUUCUUCCCCUAAACAAUCGCUCUACGUUCGUUCAGAAGGACUCACAGAUCACCCACGUGAAGACGUGUUGUUCAUUCAUGGCUUCAUUUCGUCAUCGGCUUUUUGGACGGAAACCCUCUUUCCAAACUUCUCCGCGUCCGCCAAAUCGUCAUAUCGGUUCCUCGCCGUCGAUCUUCUUGGCUUUGGUCGAAGCCCGAAGCCGGCCGAUUCCCUCUACACACUGAAAGAGCACGUCGACAUGAUCGAAGCCUCCGUUCUCGAUGCCUAUAAAGUCAAGUCCUUCCACAUCGUCGCCCAUUCCCUCGGCUGCAUUUUAGCCCUCGCUUUGGCUGUCAAGCAUCCUGGCUCUAUCAAGUCGUUAACGCUCCUUGCACCGCCAUAUUAUCCAGUACCAAAAGGAGUAGAACCGAGUCAAUACGUGAUGAGGAAAGUAGCGCCACGACGGGUGUGGCCGCCGAUAGCCCUUGGGGCAUCAAUUGCUUGUUGGUACGAGCAUAUCUCAAGGACAGUGUGCCUACUCAUAUGCAAAAACCAUCGCUUUUGGGAGUAUCUAACCAAAGUUGUCACCAGAAACAGAAUAGAGUCAUUUCUAGUGGAAGGUUUCUUCGCACAUACACACAAUGCCGCGUGGCACACACUCCACAACGUCAUAUGUGGCACUGGGGGAAAGAUAGAGAGAUAUCUAGACGCGGUUCGUGAACGUGUGAAGUGCCACAUCAACAUAUUCCACGGCAGCGACGAUGACGUGGUGCCGGUGGAGUGCAGCCAGAGUGUGAAGGCGCGUGUACCAACAGCGCGGGUCAAUAUUGUGCAAAACAAAGACCAUAUCACUAUCGUAAUUGGAAGACAAAAGGCCUUUGCUAGAGAGCUUGAACAAAUUUGGAGCAACUCAAGUGCUUAAAUUUAAGAAAAUAAAUUAAUGAAGCAAUUAUUAUUGUUGUUGUUAUUAAUAUAUAUUAAUCGUAAAUUAAAAGGUUUUUUUAAAAAAAAGAAGAAGAAGAAGGGAAUAUUGGACGAUGUUUAAUUGAAAAGAAUUGAUUCAAUAACCUCAUCAAAGGAAGGUUUUUAGAGAGUUUGGGUAAUUGUAAUUCUGUUUCUUUCUUCUUUCAUUAUGUAAAAAGUUUGUAUUUUGUGGAGAGCCAAAGGCAUGUGGAAGUUUUUGGAAUAUCCCAUAAUAUUGGGUGUGUUUCCAUUCAAAAUAUAUGUUAAAAUUUGUCAAUCAUAUAUAAAAAUUUACAUACAUAUAUUCUUGUU